CGACCACCGCACCCCAUUCGCAGCUGCCGCCUCUCUCCUGCACCACAGGCGCACCGACGUGCCACACCGCCUCGCUGUCCUCUCGCAACCCGCCGCUGCCGCCUGCCUGCUGCGCGUGCUGCCUGCUGUCCGCGCCCUUCACGCGCCGGCCCGAGCAUGUCGCUCGCUGCCGCCGCCGCUGCCGACGCUGGGCCCAGCGGCGGGGCGCCGCGUGCCUUUGGCAUCACGCCGCCCGUGUCGACGAACGCGCCGACGCCGCGCGAGCUCGAGAUUACAAAGACGCUCAUCGACGAGCUGCACACGCAGGGCUGCUACGAGAGCAAGGAGGAGGGCAAGCUGCGCGAGGUCGUGCUCGGCAAGAUCUCGCGCAUGGUCAAGGACUUUGUCUACCGCGCCAGCAUCGCGCGCGGCUUCAGCGACGCCUCGGCACAGGCCGCCGGCGGCAAGGUCUUUGCCUUUGGCUCGUACCGCCUCGGCGUGCACGGCCCCGGCGCAGACGUGGACACGCUCUGUGUCGUGCCGAAGCACGUGCAGCGCGAGGACUUCUUCGGCAUCUUCGAGACGAUGCUGCGUGCGCGCGAGGAGGUCACCGAGGUGGCCUCGGUGCCCGAGGCCUUUGUGCCCGUCAUCAAGGUCAAGUUCCAGGGCAUCAGCAUUGACUUUCUCUUUGGACGCCUGGCGCUGGCGCGCAUUGAGGACAACCUCACGCUGCAGGACUCGAACCUGCUCAAGAACCUGGACGAGCGCGACGUGCGCAGUCUCGGCGGCUCGCGCGUAACCGACGAGAUCCUGCGCCUCGUGCCCAACGUGCAGGUGUUCCGCGACGCGCUGCGCUGCAUCAAGCUGUGGGCGCAGCGGCGCGCCAUCUACUCGAACGUCAUGGGCUUCCUCGGCGGCGUGGCGUGGGCGAUGCUGGUGGCGCGCGUCUGCCAGCUCUACCCCAACGCCGCCGCGGGCACCAUCGUCUCGCGCUUUUUCAUCAUCAUGUACCAGUGGAAGUGGCCGCAGCCGGUGCUGCUCAAGCACAUCGAGGAGGGCCCGCUGCCCGUGCGCGUGUGGAACCCCAAGCUGUACCCGGCCGACCGGCAGCACCGCAUGCCGAUCAUCACGCCUGCGUAUCCGUCCAUGUGCAGCACGCACAACGUCACCUCCUCCACGCAGCAGAUCAUGACGGCCGAGCUGAAGCGGGCCGCCGAGGUCGUCGACCGCGUCAUCCUCGGCAAGGAGACGUGGACGGAGCUGUUUGCGCCGCACGACGUCUUUACGACGUACCGCUACUACCUGCAGGUCGUGGCCUCGUCGGGCUCGGCGGACCUGCAGCUCAAAUGGCAGGGUACGGUGGAGAGCCGCGUGCGCCAGCUGGUGAUGAAGCUGGAGCUGGUGCCGACCCUGACAUGUGCGCACCCGUACACCAAGGGCUUCGACCAGGUCAGCCACUGCCUUGAUGAUGCCGAGGUCCGGCUCGUCGCCACGGGCGACAUUCCGAAGGAGGUCGCCGAGCGCACAAAGCGCGAAGACCUGCCGGCCGAGACGGCCACCGAUGAGCUGCAGCGCAAGGACGAGCAGGCGAAAAAAGAAGAGGCCCGCGGCGAGGGCCGAACGAUCUGGACGACGACGUUCUACAUCGGCCUCAAGGUUGAGGCUCGCGACACCAACUCGACGGCGCGGCGGCGUCUCGACAUCUCAUACCCGACCAACGAGUUCACGCAGAAGGUCAAGCAGUGGGAGCAGUACGACGAGACGCAGAUGGGCAUCAGCGUGCGGCACAUCAAGUGCACGGAGCUGCCCGACUACGUCUUUGGCGACCGCCCGCGUCCGGUCUCGAAGGGCCUUAAGCGCGACAAGAGCGGCAAGGCCAAGGCGCGCGGCAGCGCGGUGCCUGCCGGAACAGACGCCGGCGAAGGCGAGCAGCCCUCUGCCAAGAAGCGACGCGCCUCAAGCGGCUCAGUGCAACCGCAGGCCAACGGAGAUGCGGCGCAUGCCACGCCAGAGGCGGCAAAUGGCACGCACGCGUCGGCAGUGAUGCCUGCCGGCGGCGAAGGCGAUGCCAUCAAGGCAUUGGUCGCCGGCACAGCGCUGGCGCAGUGAGGCUCGCGCAAGGUAAGCCCAUCAUGACCUCCCGUCCCUGUCCCGGCCCGUGCAUCACCCGUCUCGACGUGGCCGCUGGGCGCGCCAGGCUCGUCCUCGACGCGCUCGCACAUCAUCACCCUGCCUUCGCUGUACCACCAUCCACACGCUGCGUGCCUCAAUUCAUCUCAGUCACUGUG